CAUUUGAUCUCUCCUUUCUUGCUGCACGUUCUGUCAAUCGUUUGGAUACGUCAGUUUGAGAUCCGUUAAAACAUGUCACCCGUCACUCGUUUCUUCUCGGCGGCGGCGGUCGCGUCCGUCGCGACUGCGGCUGUGCUUGAUCUGCCCAUCAUUGUCGACAAUGGCUACAAUGUCGUCGAGUUUGGCAUCGGAACUCCAGCAGAGACGUUCCGUCUCCAAUUUGACACGGGCAGCUCGUCUUCAUGGGCGACCGAUAGCCAAUGCCUCUCCAGGGGAAAGUGCAACAACGUGAGCGGAUAUGAUCGAACCGGCUAUAGCAUCAAUGCCUCAACCACCGGCCACUACACCGGCGAAAGCGCCGUGAUCCCCUACCUCGGAGGCGAUGUCUCCGGCCCCACGGUCGCCGAGAAAUGGAUCGUCGGCAACUUCUCCUGGGACCAGUCCUUCAUCGCCGCAAACGAGAGCAACUGGGCCGCGCUCGCAGCCGACGGCUUCAUGGGCCUAGGCUUCAGCUCCAUCAUCGACGGUGGCGCAAACACCGUUGUUGAGACCCUCAUGUCGGAGGGCCACCUCGACGCCGCCAAGUUCGGAAUAUACUACGGCACCGAGGCCAAUAACACGAACGGCGUUCCCGGCGACGGCGUCUUGACUAUCGGCGGCUCUCGCGAGGACGAGUACGUUGACGGCGAACUCGUCACGAUCCCCAUCACCCGCGUCGACGGCACCUACGACGUCUGGCGGUCCACCAUCCUCAAGGUCAAUGGCACGCGGACGACGAGCAACGGCAGCGUCAUUGAGACGCAGACGGAUUUCGACCAGGCGCGCGUCGUCUUCGAUACGGGCGCGGGGUCCAUCACGCUGCCGACGAAGCAGAACCUGGCCGUGUACGAGUCCAUUGGUAUGAACUACACGAAGAUCAUCAAGGGCGAGCACAUCCCGCUCUGCAGCGAAUUCAACUCAUCGUGGUCCUUCAAAUUCUCCUUUGGAGACUAUCGGUACCCGCAAGUGGUUGAGAUCCCGGGCGAUCAGUUGGCGACACCGGGUUUCGCGUACCGGGACGAUGCGUGCUGGCCUCCGUUCGAGGCUGGCGCUCAGUCUGGAUUUGUGUUGAUCGGGACGCCAUUCUUGAAGAACUUUUACACGGUGUGGGAUUAUGGAUCUGCAGCGAAUGAGACGCAGAUUUGGAAGUUCGACCCCACGUUGUCGUUUGGGUACUUGAAGAAUAAGACCAUCCCGGCGAAGUGAGAUGAUGAUGGGUGGGGGAUGGGAAUGAUGUGACAGGACGAUACUGUAGGAUCACAAGGAUGGCUCAGAUCAGAACCAGAAUCUUGGAGCCCAUCAUAAGCAAAAAAUACCAUGCGAUCAAAUCUUGAAAAUCCUUCAAUUUGACAGACCAGGGGGUCAUGCAUCGAUGCGAUCGUGAGCUGAAGAUCUUGGAUCGCACGUGGAGGAGGACCAGCCAAUCCAAUUGAGAGGCACCCAACUGGACGGAUCCGCAUCGGGCUCGUCUAUUUGACUUUUGAUGUGACGUGCCGCACUUUGCGGUAGAUGGAAGGUGAGUAUCUAUCACAGGGUUAUGAUUUGGCAGUGACAAUUUUGACAAGGACUGGGAUGCGUGAGUUGAUGUGGGUGAGGUGGCCCAGACCUGAGCUGAAUAGAGUGAACGAGUGAGUAAAAUGUGAGUGAGUGGCUGAGAAAUUGCGUGUGAGUGUGUGAGUGAGCAGUGAGAUGAGAG